AUGGGCACUGUGGGUUUCCUCCCGAAGCUGUUGAGCCUCGUCUUCUUCUCUGUGGUCGUCUGUUUCACCAACUCAGUCGCAGAUGUGGGACUCGACGAACGGCCAUCCAUGCCCUCUGGUCGAGCUUCACGCCCCCGAUUCACCGGGAAGUUUGCGCGCGAGGGUGGCGCUGUAAAGACAGCGUACAAGUACGAGACCCGGUAUUUCUCUCAGCCGCUGGAUCAUUUCAGCUUUGCGGAGCUCCCGACGUUCGAUCAGCGGUACUUGGUGGGCGGAGAUGGCCAGUGGUCGAGCAGCGGCGGUGCCGGCGGAGGACGGGGCCCAAUCUUCUUCUACUGCGGCAACGAGGGGGAUAUCGAGUGGUUCGCCGCCAAUACUGGGUUUGUCUGGGAGAUCGCCCCUAGUUUUGGUGCCCUUGUCGUCUUCGCGGAGGUAAUGUUCGGGCUUCGUCCAUAUGCAUAUCCUAGGAAGAAUUGAAGGCUCUGCUCAUGACGUUGUUGCGGAAGACGAAUGCUCAAGCUUAGGUUCUCUUCGAUUCAGACAGGCACCUUUCAGGUAGUGAGAAGUCCAUGGCAGCCCGAUUGCUACAGUUGCCGUUACUCUGGGAGCUGGAGCAGCUGAGCGAUGUUAUGCUUGCUGUUACUUCUUGAAUCUGGGUGGUUACGGAAUAUCUCGGUGCAAUAUGUUGCCAAUUGGCGCAAAAAUAUCUACUCUUUCAAAGAAAGACAGGUUUCUAGUCGACUAAAGAGACCGUCAUGUUUUCUGGCACCUCAUGAAACGACAGAGAGGACUCUUGUUACACAUUCGGCACCUAGAAUCAUCAUCUUCACUCCCUAGGAGUCCACUAUAUCUUCUUAUUGUUUCCACGUCGUUGCUAAAACGUUUUCGUAUCGUGUGAUCACCUGUUUGGACCGUGCCUGUAAAGUGGGAUUAGGAGAAUCAGUCCGGAAAUUAUGGUACCCCAUAUUAAUCUCACGUCUCUUUGACAUGUGUUUCCUUGAUUCAUCCUCACCUCUAUUCUAUCCUCUCAUAGAUUAUUCCUCUUGUAUUACCCAGAAUGCAUUGAGUUUCAGGUAUCGGCCUUUUCUCCCAAUUCCAUGUUUAAUUUGUGACGUCUCUUGAAUAAAUGCCAAUGUUGUAAGUGUUAACUUAUAUAGAUGACUUAACCUCUUACAUAAUUAGGUACAUGAUGUAUUUCUGAGGUGAUAUGAAAAUCCAAAUAGAGACUUGUUGCACUCCAAGAAGUUUUGAUGGCUCUGAGGAUUGACAAUUUGUCACUAUCAAGUAAAUGGACGUAGAGUGGAGAGGACUAACCAGAGGUUUGCUCUGAAAUGAAACAGGAAAUUAUAUUAUAAUCUUGGCAAACUGUACCCGUUUAGCCAUUACGGCAAGAACUUGGUAUUUUUUUGGUUUAUACAUUGGUAUUCUAAUUUUUCAUUACAGUAGCUAUUUAUUAUGAAAUAUGCGCUGAGGUCCCAGUUCUUAGUUUCGCUGUUGAGUUGCCUGCUAAUUUUCUGUUUCAUGAUUUAUUUUUACUCAUUUUAGCAUCGCUACUAUGGAAAAUCCAUGCCGUUUGGGAGUAGAGACAAGGCAUAUGAAAAUGCUGCAUCGUUAUCUUACCUUACGGCAGAACAAGCUCUAGCAGACUUUGCCACACUGAUCACUGGCCUGAAAAGGAAUAUGUCAGCAGAGAAGUCCCCAGUCGUAUUAUUUGGCGGCUCUUAUGGAGGAAGUAAUGAUUGUGCCGAACAUUUAUCUUCAAGAUAUAGCCCAAAUGCUUAUUAUGGUAUUUAAGACAUUAAUUUUACACUUUUUCGUCGAUGAAACAGUGCUCGCUGCAUGGAUGAGGUUAAAAUAUCCUCAUAUUGCUGUUGGAGCGCUUGCCUCUUCAGCACCCAUUCUGCAAUUCGAAGAUAUUGUUAAGCCAGAAACAUUUUACAACAUAGUCUCAAAUGAUUUUAGAGUCAGUAAUCAUCCUUCUCUUAAUCGUAUAUUAAUUACAAUAUAUUGGUUUUUGCCUAUAUAUGCAUCUUCUAUCUACUAAGACCCACACUUCUCCUGGCUCAGCGUGAAAGUUUGAGCUGCUUUAAGACAAUAAAAGAUUCAUGGGAUGUUCUAGAAUCCGAAGGGAAGAAGCUUAAUGGGCUAAUGAACCUGAGCAGAACCUUUCACCUGUGCCAGUAAGUUGAACCAUUCUGGUUCCAGAUUCGUUGGUCUUUGGCUUUGGAUUCAAUCUGAAUAUUUUAUGUCAAUAUUUGCAGGAAAUUGAACGGGACUCAGGAGCUUUCUGAUUGGUUAAACUCUGCUUAUAGCUAUUUGGCUAUGGUUGACUAUCCAUAUGCUUCCGAGUUUCUCAUGCCUCUGCCUGGAAACCCAAUAAAAGAGGUAACUGAAAAGGUUCAGGCCUAUUAUCAAGGAUGUACGUUGUUCAGUUACCAUUCAGUAUACAUCAUCUAUGAGCGACAUUUUUUUCCCCAUUGACAGAUGGUCUUCGGCAACUGAUUAAUAAGUUAGUUUGUCUUCGCCAUCUUACCUAUGUCAAUUUAGAUGUAUUUCUCUGCUUUAUCUUUGAACAGUACUCCGUUCUUUCAACUUCAUUGAUCUCAGACUUUGCACUUUUUCUCAUCUUGCUUAUUUUGUCUAAUUUCAUACACGGAUUAUAUUUUCUAAACCAAGACCUGAUUUCAAGCAAAAUGUGCUCAAUUUAAUUUACCUCUGUGUUUUUGUAUGUAGAUCCAUUAGAUAUCUUGGUAAACUCUCGUUCCACCUCACUCCUUGGUCCUAAAAACCCCUGUAAGAAAAAUACUCUGAUGUUCUUGACGGUAGUCAUGUCUUGAUUCUCCUAUUUCUGAAGGUAUGCAAGAGUAUCGAUGAUCAUGCUGAUGGGAGAGGGAUCUUGGAGCAAAUAUAUGCGGGAGUGAACAUAUAUUACAAUUAUUCUGGAGAUGUUGAAUGUUUUGACCUGGAAGAUGAUCCCCACGGCAUGAAUGGUUGGAAUUGGCAGGUUUGGGAGCAUAAUUACCCGUUUUUAUUGGUGACUGUUGUUUGCUUUGCUUGAGGAAGCAUGAUAGGACUUUUCUGACUUUAAAAUCUUCUCAUUCAUAGGCUUGCACUGAGAUGGUCAUGCCAAUGUCCAGUAGCCCAGACAGCAGCAUGUUUCCACCGUACGCUUUUGACUAUUCAUCGUACCAAGAUCAAUGCAUCCAAGACCUUGGUGUACGGCCAAGGCCGCGAUGGGUUACUACUGAGUUUGGUGGGCAUGUAAUGGCCAAUCUAUCUUUAAAGAGUUCUAACAUUAGCUAUAAAUAUCCAUUGAUUCUUUCUGUGCUUUGAAUCUUGAAACUUCUGAAUGUUUUUUUAAAUGCUUGAAUAUUCUGAUGACUGUUCUGUCCUUGAAGGAAAAUGGUUUCGGACCGAAUCUUUGAAACCUUAAGACGUUGACAUUAUGAAUUACAUAAAUUUCUCUCUCUUCCAUAUCUGGGCCCGUCAUCAUCUGCUGAGAAAUUCGGAGAAUGAUGGGGACAGUAGUUUAUGGUGAAUUACUUGGCUAGGUGUCUAGGGAAGUAUGUCCUUACCAGUAUUUUGCCAAGAUCCAUUAGGAGAUUGAAGAAAAGAAACUAAAAUGAUAAUUACAGCUAAAACAUAUACAUAUAUUGGUGGAUUUACACUUCUUUGGAGCAGGUGAUUUGUAUAUUAAGAAGCUCCAAGUUCCUCAACGCCUUCAGAUUUUCCUUACGUGAUGCCAUUUUCAUGUUCCAACCUGGUUUCUUCUUCAUGUUCUUCCUGGACCCAUCUUAUUUUAGUUUCCGAUUGGCAUGGGUUCUCUCUUCAUACUCUUAGAUUCAUUGCUUGCAUCUUGAAGGAUAUCGUCGCUGUGCUGAAAGAAUUCGGGAGCAACAUCAUAUUCUCCAACGGGCUGCUGGAUCCCUGGAGCGGAGGCAGGUAUGGUUUCCCCCCGCCAAACCUCAUCAGGGUCUACUCACCCGCUGUUCUCAUUCUCUCCCGUCUGACGGAUGGAGACGGAAAUCUUUCAUCGCAGCGUCCUGCAGAACAUCUCCGGCAGCAUCGUAGCACUCGUUACUGAACUGGGUAUGCUUUUCUGCGCGGAAAAAUCUUUUCUUUUUGGGUAUUUCAUGUGGCAAUCAAUCUCCCGCGCGGGAUUCCAUUCUUCCAGGAGCCCACCACAUCGAUUUACGCUCGUCAACUGAGGAGGAUCCUGAGUGGUUGACGUCCCAAAGAGCGUCGGAAGUCAACCUGAUCCGGGGCUGGAUAAACGACUACUACGAAGAACGGAGAGCCGCGCAGGGCGUAGAGAAUGUCGUUGACUUUGCCGCCAGCUCAACGAACGCGUCACGCGUCCUCUGA